AGAAUUAGAAGGAUUUUGACUCUUGUGGCCUUCCAUAAGCUUGAUACUACACUGACAAGCCGAGGCGUGUGUGGACGGAGCUGGCUUUGCCGAACAGCCAGGCCAUGUCUUUAAAGAUGGAGCUGGAUGUCAGUGGAGUGUCACGGACCCCCGUGUCCGUUUUACCCGCUGCUGAGGUCAAAGCCACACUAAAGCCUGAGGUAGAGAAACCGCGCUGCUCCAGCACGCCCUGCUCACCCAUCAAAAGUACUGUCUCAGGAUACCAGAUCCUCCACAUGAACUCUAACUACCUGGUGGGCUUCACCACUGGAGAGGAGCUUCUCAAACUGGCCCACAAGUGGUCCGGGCCAGAGAAGAGCAGCACGGAGGCGUUGCCUGGUGCCAUCCAGAAACCCGUGGAUUUAGGGAUGCACCGCGCGUCACGCGUUUACAAAACCAAAAGCCGUUACUACCAACCUUACGACAUCCCUGCCAUUAACGGGCGACGCAGAAGGCGAAUGCCCAGCUCAGGCGACGCCUGCUUCAGAUCUCCAGCGGCUGGGGAGAGCAGUAAGGCCCUGCACGGCCCGCUGCCCCUCUGCCUGCUCAAGGCCAAGCGUGCGCACUCCAAAUCUCUGGACUACCUCAACCUGGACAAGAUGAAUCUCAGUGAGCCGGCCGACACCGACGUGCUGCAGUACCAGCUCCAGCACCUGACACUGCGCGCCGAGCGCAUCUUCACCAGGAACAAAACAUGAACGGAUGAAAACGGGCCAGUCGCACCCACAGCCAGGCCUGACACACCCAAGGAACUGGCUGCUGUUUUUGGGCCUCGCAUUUCUCCAGUCAGAUCAUAGGCAGUUCCUGUAGUAAAGGCACCCGUAGGCCACUAAUCUCGUUAUUUUAAGAACUGUUUGUUAACCAGAAGGUUUAGUGAGGUCCAGCUAACUUAAACUUUAACCUGUGAACAAAGUGAAGUUGUUUUAAUAAUGUGUGUGUGUGUGUGUGUGUGUGUGUGAAGGGUGAGGCUGAGUUUGUUCAGGAUUAGCAAUAAACUAUAUGCUUAACAGUUGCUACUACUGUAUGUAUGUGUGUGUGUGUGUGUACGCCUGUGCUGAGGUGAAAAUGCCUCAAUUGCAGAAAAUGUACCUAUAACCUGCACUAGAUCAUACUGUUAGACAUCUGGAUAUCAUUUUUUUUUUUUAAAACCGGGUUAGCAUAGCUCACCGUGGUGUUCUCCUAACAUUAGCCUUUUAUCAUUAGCAUCUUCACACCUGUAGAUGUGUCAGUAAGUGAGCUCUGCACUCAUUUACCUGUCAGUUAGGCAAAACUCUUUUAUGUAAAAUAAAAAACAACAACAGACUGUUACACAACAUCGAAGUUAUUUACAACAGUUGGGCUAGAUAACGCUUAUGUUCACUCGCGCUAAGAUUAGUGCCUCACAUACACACUAUUAAUCUCCCUUUUCUAGUUUCUCGAGCUGGCAUAUUGUCUAGAUGUUCACACUGAGUAAUCCAGCAUGGUUAUUUACGGCAUAAAUGAAAAAUAUUUGAGGACAAUAUGUGGUAAUAUUUAUGUCGAUCGAUUCACAUGGGGGGGAUUUUAAUUGAAAUUAUUAUUAUUAUUAUUAUUAUUAUUAUUAUUAUUAUUAUUAUUAUUAUUAUGUUUUCUUAUGCUGGUGCACAGAAUUGCUACUAAAACAAACCAAAGGAUGAACUUUGGCUGUCCUGGGAAAAACUUGAUUGAUUAAUGCGAUUUUUUUUUUUUUUUUUUUUUUUUUUUGUGUGUGUGUGCGCAACAACACCUGACAAUCAUAUUUUUACCCAAUAAUCCAGACAGUUAUUCCUAAAUCAUAUUUUUGGUGCUCAUCAGACAUUGUAUUUGUCAUGUCACACUUCUUAUUGUGUCUCAUGCUCUUAAUAUUUAUUACUCUAAUAAAAUAUUUAUUGAUGACUAUUAUUAACUAGUAAUAUUACGAACACCACCACAGUUAAUAGUGUGAAUCUGAUGCACUGGUUCGAGGCAUAUAUGAUGUUUUUGUCUUUUUUAAGACCAGAUUUUUCAUCUGAGUUUAUGGUUUUAUCAGAUACUUUGUUUUUAUAAUCCCCAAAAUGACCCUGAUAGUUUGAGUGGAUUACACUAGAGAAUUUACUUUUAAUUAUUAUUUUUUGUUUAAUUGUCCUAGUAAUACUGAUUUGAUUCACUUUUCCUUAACGUGGUGUAUGAUGUAAUAGUUUAAAACUACAAUAAUAUUAUUAUCUGUCAUUUUUGGUUGUUUUCCCCCCUGUGUGUGUUUAGUGGACCAUUUGUCCAACGCCAUGCCGCUUUUGUUUCUUCCGAAUACGUUUCUGGUUUUAGGAUUAUUCCUCGAUUAUGUCUGUUUUCUCUGAUUAAAAUGCCAUGCACUUCUCUUUUUCCUCAGUUUAUGUUGUCUACUUUUGUGAAUUAAUAAUAUGUUGUAUAAAUAUGCUCGGCACCUUAGAUUCACAGAUAUUGGUGAUGUAUUGGUCAUGCUUUCUUCUGUCUUGACUGAACUGCAUAACAUCUUGUUUACAUAUUGACUGUUUUAUUUUAAGGCUGUAAUGCUGUUAUGAGUUUGUGCUUCUUCUUCUUCUUCUUCUUCUUCUUCUUCUUCUUCUUCUUGUUUUUCUUUCUUUUUUUUGUUUUGUUUAUGAAUUUGAUGAAAAUUUGAAUUGAAUUUGAUCAACACGUACCAUGAAUGUAAUGGUAAGAGAGUGCUGUUGUGUUCUGUAUCUCGUAUAUUUUGAAGGUUAGAAAUGGUUUCUGUGACUCAGGACUGAGCCCCAGACUGUUUCUCUAUUUCUGUUGAUCAGUUUAUCAGUACAGUAACACUGGGACAACAACCUACUCCUAGCUUUCAGCUCAUGUAAAACUGCAGGCAUUUUUGCUCUUUUAGUGUUCAUUCUCUAUCCAUCUAUCUAUCUGUCUAUCUCUAUUUAUCUCUCUCUCUCUAAUGAACAGUAAAAGAGCAGAAAAGCCUGCAGUUAUAAAUGUAACCACUAAGAUCAAGUGAGUAAUUUAAUAGGAGCAAUGUGACUAUUACUAUUAAAAUGUUAAUAGUGUAGUAUUUAACAUUGUUUGUUUUGGUUAUUUUUCCUUUCUACGGCUAUUGCCACAAUGCAAUGUUCCUGGACUCUGAACGGCUAAAAUGAAACCUUUUCACCAUCACGUUGUUUGCGAUCUAACACAUUUAUACUGUUCUUGCAACACCAUCCCAUAUUAGCCUGCUGUACUGUUUUGCGCCUUGUGUGUGAAUGUGAUUUUCAAAGAUCUGUCAGGACACAGCAAUGAUAAUGAACUUAAUCUUAGCCUCACCGUGCUUCUCUGUGAGGUGUACAGACACAAGGAGCCAUGCUAGGUCCCAGUGCCUUGAGCUCUAGUUAAAUGACAUACGACAUGCUGUAUGUCAGUCUUUUCUGCUGAUUAACACUUCUCUAGCUAGUAUGUUUACAUCCUUAGGGUGAACAAUGUUAAUCUGUAUUCUGUAGGCUGACCGCAUUUCAAUUUCCUUGUCCUGCUGAGUGUUUGUGUGACCUGCAAUGCUUUCAUCUGUAUUAAGUUGAACCUUACACUUACCAUUAUUAAAACACUACGCUGCA